ACAGCGCGGCGCAGCAGCAGACCAGGAGACACGGUGAGAGUUGCGCGCGCGCUCAGUCACGACCAACAUAUGGACUCCGGGGGUUUUAUGUUGACUUUUAAAACAGUCUGCAUUUGCAAGAUAAAUUUGUUCACAGGAUUUAUGCCUAGGCUUUUUUUUUUUCUUUACUGAAACCCGUUGUGGGGAUAUCGUGAUUUCUGGCAGCGCACAAAACUUCUGAUGAGCUCGAGUGUCAGAGAUGGAGGCUGAAGAAAGCAAAAUUUCCGUGUGGGUUUGUCGGGAGGAGAAGCUCGUGUCGGGAUUGUCUAAACGCACCACGUGUGCGGACGUUAUCAAAGUCCUGCUGGAGGAACAAAACUUGCACGGGCGCACGUCCGCGUCAGCGCGCUCUUACUGCAUUGUGGAGAAGUGGCGCGGGUUCGAGCGCGUUUUGCCCAACAAGACCAAAAUCCUGCGCUUGUGGAAUGCAUGGGGUGAUGAGCAGGAAUAUGUCCGCUUCGUACUCGUCAAGCAGGACGCGUCUUUGGGCAGCAGCGCGCCACGAAGUGCCGAGGCGCGACUCGUGCCUAGCCGGCAAAACCUGUGCGCGCGGGAGGGUACCGUGCGCCAAGCUACCAUGGCCCUGUCGCCCGAGAAGCAACGGCGCGUGGUCCGAAAGGCGUUCAGAAAGUUGGAGCGGAUCAAUAAGAGGCGCGCGCGGGAGCAGUGCAAGGAUGCAGAGAGAAUGGAGACCCUUGUGCAUCUGGUGGUCUCGCAGGACCACACCAUCAGGCAGCAGGUGGAGCGCAUCCAAGAGCUGGACCGCGAGAUAGAACUCUAUGAGGCUAAGGUACACCUGGACAGGGUAAGGGCACAUGGUGCCAACUACGUCCAGGAGACCUACAUGGUAGAAGGAGCUGCAUCCAGGCAUCCGUGCCCCAGUAAUGGAGAACAGACGCUGGCUCAGUUGGAGGAGUACGUCCGAAAGUGUGAGGAGGUGAUCAGGCUGCAGGAGGAUCUUACUGAUCGCCAGGUUCUGCUGGACAGCAUCACCAGAGAUAUCCAGGAGGAGCUAAACCAGAGAUGGAUGAAGCGGAGACAGGAGGCUAAUAAGGAUUUUGAAAACGAUAGCACACUCAGGGUUAUAAAUCAAACGUGGGAGAUAAAUGCAUGUGAAAUGCCUCCAACGGUGGACAUGUUACUUGAGGACGAUCUGCUCUUGGAGGAGGAGCGGAUUAGGACUCAACUGGACGCGAGCCUGUACAUCGGCCUGAGACUCAAUACGGAUUUAGAAACUUCUAGAAAUGAUCUGGACUUGGUGCAGGAGAUCUGGAGGGCAAGAGAUAAAGAACUGAGGGAUUUGCUUGAAAAAGUGGACUCUCUUGAUUUAGAGGAAGAGGAGGAAGAAGAAGAGGAGGAGGAGGAGGAGGAAAGGUGCGACAUGCUUAAGGACACUGAUAGAGUGGAUGAAGACACAGCGAGUGGGCAUGGUGCAUGGGUCGAACAGGCCAGAGGACUUGCUGCUAAAGCGUGUAGCACUAAUGAUGACGAUUCAGACACUGGACUCAGUUCCAUGCACAGCCAGGACUCGGACAUUUCCCCUGUUUUCGAGUCUCUUGUAUAGCAACACACACGGGGACAGGAAGAUUCCCCAGAGCUGAAUUAAUACAUGAAGAGAGUUUGUAUUUAUAUACAUCUGGACUGAAAUAGACACAGUAUGAUUUAAUAAACCACUGGAGAGUUUGCUGUGUUGUGUAUAAUCACCACCUGGACCCCUUAGACCUGUUGUUUAUGUAAUAUAAAAACACUAAUUAUAAUAUUGCUGACAAAUGUGCACUUAGUCACUAGUGAUAGCCGACUGCAUAGAUCAUAGAUCUUUUUUUUAUACAUGGACCACAUUUUAAUGUCGACUAAAUCAGUGUUAAUUUGUCCCCAGAUUUAAGAGUGAUUGUCACACCACAGACACUCCCUUUAAACCAUUCCAAUUAUAAAAGGCUGGUGGAGUAUGUGCUUAAUAAUUAAAGCCCAAUAUUAAUUGUAAAGACCAAACGAAAUGGUAGAAUGUUUAUGCAGCCUGUAUUUUAAGUCAAAUAAAUCCUAUAAAUCCAGAUAUAGUUGCACUCUAGAUUAUUUUAUUUGUCAAUAGAAUUUGUGUAAUUUUAGCCGAUAAACCUGCAGUGAUGACCUUUAAGGUCUGGACCACAAUUUCAGGGUUUUGUUUUUGACUGUGGGGUUUAAUUUUCAACUUAACUGUCUAAUUGUCAAAUUCAGCAUGGAAACCAUGAAAUUCUGUUAAUGUAGCCUAUGCAGAGGAAAUUGUAACACUGAAUCAAGAAUAGCAGCUCUAACUGAGGAUACUAGAGUUUGCCAUUGCCACCAAAUUGUUAAGAGGUAUACAAUGUACAUAUUAUAGGCAGUAAUGUACAUAUAUUACAUUUGGACAUACCUAUGACAUACAAUCACUAUCUUCUUUAUUAUGAACAUCUGUACACCUGUUCAUUCAUGUAAUUUGACCACUCGGCCAAUCAGGUGGCAACAAUGCAAUACUUAAACUCCUUCAGAUACAGGACAAGAGCUUCAGUUAAUGUUCACAUUAAACAUCAGAAGGGGGGACAAAUUACUUUUUGGUCUGGUCACUGGCACCAUAUGGGCUGGUUUGAGUUUUUCAGAAACUGCUGAUCUCCUGGGAUUUUCACACAACUGCCUCUAGAGUUCACACUGAAUUAUGCUUUAAAAAAACCCAAACAAACAACAUGUAGUGUAGGCAAUUCUGUGAGCAGAAAUCACAGAGUUUAUGAUUGAGGUCCGAGGAGAAUAGCCAGACUGGUUUGAGCUGGCAGGAAUGCUAACUCAAAUAACCACUCUUUGCAACUGUGGUGAUCAGAAAAGCAUAUCAGAAAGCAUACCACACAGAACCUUGAGGUACAACAGUAGAAGACCAUAUCUUGUUCCUUUCCUGUCAGCCAAGAGCAGAAAUCUGAGUCCAUCGCCAAAGGGUCACUGAAACAAAAGAGGACCAGGUAACAUUUCUGUUAUGCAUGAAAAUCCCAAGAGAUCAUCAGUUUCUGAAAUACUCAAACCAGCCCAUCUGGCUCCAACAACCAUGGCACGCUUGCUGCCACAUGACCGUCUGAUUGCGUAAUUGCACACACAUACAGGUGUACAGGGGUUCCUAAUAAAGUGGUCAGUGAAAAUGUUUAAUGUUUAUUUAUCUGAAAUAAAGAAGAGUGAUUA